ACCGCUCCCUAAAAUAGGGCUUUUGGAAUUGAUAAGAACCUAUACGUGCCCUCUUGGUAUUGGUCGCCUCUCUUGGUCAUGCUUUUUGUUUUCUUUCUCAAAAAAUUUGUCGUCGUUCCUCGUUGUUGUUGAUCUUCAUGAAAUGGUCGUGCGUGACGGAUCGACGAAUCUGGGUUUCCAAGAGCGUUCUGCAACUCUCGUUCAGCCAUGGCUGAUUUCUGCUGAUUUGCAUCUUUGAUCCUUGAGUUUUUAACAAAUUACGGUUUGACCCCAAAAACUUCUGUUUGUUAUAGAAAAGUCCUCAAAACUGUCCUAAAACUUCAAAUUGUGUUUUCCAGCCCUCUCUUUAUGAAAUAUGUACAAAUGCAACAUCUAAUGACACCUAAAUGCAACUUCUAAACAUUAAAAUUGAUCAAAAUUAAUAGCUAAAAACAUAUGAAAACACUAUACAUUAGUUGCUCUCUUUCUCCAAAACCGUCUAUGAAAUCAAGGUGAAAAUUCGAAUUCUUUGAGUCCGUGAUAAGACAAUACAUUAUGUUUUUUGUUACAAAAUGGUUAGUUGAGACUCUAAUGACAUUCUUGAUCUUUUGUUACACAAUUGUGACUCUUGUUUGUUACUGAACUUGCAGAUUUGUUGUAUGUCUUCUCCAACUUGUCUCGGAAUGUUAACUUCAUUGAACAUAUGAAGCUCACCGGAAUGUUAAAUUCGUUAUAUAAAUUUGUAUUUCUAUUUUUCAUAUGUUUUAUGCCAUAUUUGUUUAAAUGUUAUAAAAUCCAAUAAUUUAUAAGUUUUGUAAUAUUUAAAUUUAAUUUCAAAAAAAAAAAGUUAAAAACCUCGUAGAGAUUCUUCCAUUGGACCUUCACACAACUAAUUACAUUAAUAUGAGUUUUAAACUUCAUAAAGUACAUAAUUAACUAUUAAAUUAAUUUUAAGAAUCCAUUAAGGACUCUAACCAAUGGAGGUGGUCUUAUUGUACGGUAAAUCUUUAAUUGAGGGGUUUUUAUCCGAAAUAAACUUAAUUGAAGAGUUUUUGCAUUAAAAAUCCUAUAAUUAAUUGGGUUGAUUGUAACUUAUUUUAGCCGUUGAAUUUAAAAUAUCUUACACAAAUAAAUAAGCCAAAAUUUAGGCAAACAAUUAGCAGUCUAGAAGUCAAGUAGUACAUCACAUUGAUGGCCCUCUAUGUUAUGAUUUUUUUUUUUUUUUUAAUUGUGUGGGGGUUAUUUUUCUUUUAGGCAAGCUUUUGGGUCUCUGUCUAGUGUCUACCAUAUUUAUACAAUACUCAACUCUAUAUCUACGAUCUAUAUAUGUUACUCUUUAAAAAAGUUGAAGAGGAAGCUAAUAUCCAUAUAUUUAAUUUAUGCAAUAUACCAACUGUGUGAAUAUAUAUUUAUAUGUAUGCACAUUCCUCUAUUCUACCGUAAUGACUUCAAAACUCUACUUUAUUUUCAAAAUAUAUAAUAGAGUUAAUAGCUCUAGUUAAGGCGGUAGAUUAUAGUCUGAGCUACAUUCACUAUAGGUAUAAACAAAUGUGUUUUUUUUGUGAGAGAGUAGUGAGUAUUAGUACUUGGGGAGUUUAGAAACAAAUUCAGACCCCAAAAGCCUAACAUCCAUCGAUAAUUUGUUGAUUUAACAAAGCUGUGAGUUUUCAUGGAAAAUAUAUAAGGACAUGUGUCAGUAAAAUCCCUUUUCACUAAGAAAGAGAAAAAUCUCUACUUUAGUACAGAUAAAUUACUUUUCGAUUAGGAAUAUAGGUUACUAAAUAUUUAUUCUAAUGAUUUCUUUUAUAGCAAAGAUAUCUACAGAAUCAAGUCACUGCUCACCCAUGAGAUUGCAAAUCUAAGCUUUUGCGUUUUGUAUGGAUUAUAUUUACCGAGUUGGGUCAGGUGGGUGUGGCCCCUUUGACACGGCAUGGUCUUUCUCCCACCGAAAAAAAUAAUAAUGAGAGAGAAACAAAAGCAAAAGUACUAAGCUGGGUCAGGUCUCAGGUGGGAGUUGGUAAAACGUUUGAAAGAGAGGGAACAAUCAUCAAGAACACACAGAGAGUUGAGAGAGAUACGCAAUGGAGAAAGUGAAUCAAACAUUUUAUUUAUCGCAUGGAUCUCCCAGGUUGAGCAUAGAUGACACUUUGGAGGCAAGACAGUUCUUCAAGUCAUGGUCCGAAAAAGUUCUUCAACAUAAACCCAAAUCGAUCUUGAUAAUCUCCGCACACUGGGACACCGAGUUUCCAACUGUCAACACUGUUCUCCGCAACUCCACCAUCUACGAUUUUAAUGGUUUCCCUGAUCCCAUUUACAAGCUGAAGUAUGAAGCACCAGGAGCUAUUGAACUGGGGAAAAAGGUUAAAGAAUUGCUAAUGGGGGCAGGAGGAAUGAAGCGUGUUGAUGAAGAUACAGAGAGAGGACUUGAUCAUGGAGCUUGGGUUCCUCUUAUGUUGAUGUAUCCAGAGGCGGAUAUACCUGUUUGUCAACUCUCUGUUCAGUCAUCUCAAAGUGGGACUUACCAUUACAACAUGGGCAAAGCAUUGGCUCCACUGAAAGAAGAAGGUGUUCUUAUCAUUGGAUCUGGAAGUGCCACUCAUAACUUGAAGAAGCUUGAAUUUAGCAUCCCUAAUGGCUCACCGGUUCCUUGGGCUUUGGAGUUUGAUCAUUGGCUCAGAGAUUCUCUCCUUCAAGGAAGAUAUGGAGAUGUGAAUGAGUGGGAAAAGAAAGCUCCAAAUGCGAAAAUGGCGCAUCCAUGGCCAGAGCAUUUCUACCCAUUACACGUUGCAAUGGGUGCAGCAGGUGAUGCUGCAAAGGCGGAGCAAAUCCACACUAGCUGGCAAUUUGGUACUGUAUCUUAUUCUUCUUAUAGCUUCACCUCUUCCCCUUGAAACAUUUCAUCUCUAUCUCCUUGACUUGUUGUGUAUCUACUUUAAUGUAAGCCUUGUGUAUUUCACCUAUCUCUAAUAAUGCCAAUCCUUCCUUGUGCGAAAAUUCAAACUCCUCUUUGUGAAUUGCAAUGACAAGAAAACAACAUUUUAGAUUGGUUUCUGUAUAUAAUGGGACUGUAUUAAAGUGGCUGAAAUGUUGGUUAUGAUUGAAUAA